AAGCGGUGAUCGCGUUACAAGUCACGUGACGAAUACUUAAUUCUCGUACGAUACUUGAAGCUUGGACAUUCUGCCUGAUCGCCGAUACUUAUUUCUUUUCCUCACUUCAACUGAUAUUAUAGGCAUUCCAUUAAAUUAUUGAGCUGCGUGUCGUCAAUUUUUGUGAAAGCAAUAACGCUUUGGGGCAUAAUUUUUAUGGAAAGAAAAAGUACGAUUUACGGUUCUCGUUAGAUAAGGUCGGGACAAUAGUCGGAGCAAAAAUAUCGAAUAUCAUUGAACCUAGAUAAUAGCUUUUUCCUGUCUAGAUUACGGUAAUGUAAAACCGUGCUAAUUUUGCAGGCAUUUCUUAGAAUUCUUUCGUAGGCCACACGCAUUGAAUUAAGCGAAACGUAAAAAAGUUAUUUCGCAACGCACAUGUCGAAUUUAGACAAUCUAGCUGCGGUCUAGCAAUUUUUAGCGCAAACGAGAAGAUCGUGCGCAUCUCUUUAAUUGCCGUGAAAUGAACAAAUUGAACAAGUUCUCUUCAUUAGUCGAGGGAGAACGAUUAUAUAAUUUUUGAAGGACACUUUUUUCGUUGUAAUCGUAAAAUUGAGAAGGGUUACGGCGUAUGACGCUGUACAGAAAAAACUAAGAAAAUAGGCUAACACGAGCGAGCGACUCGUGAGGAAAAAAACAGCGGAAUCGUACGAUAUCUUGAGAUAUCGUGAACUUUUGCCGUUACUUAUGCGUACAGUGUCGUGUUCAGCGAUCAGUUAGCCGCCGGCAGUGUUUCGAGCUGGACGUGUUCAUGCACUCCAUCCUCUGUGUAAAAAGAUCCUCGCAGGUUAACGUUUCGUUUCACGUGCAAUAAUUCGUCAACGGAAUAUCGACUCUUUUUUUUGAACGUAAAAAUCGUUAAAAAAUGUCGGCAAAAGCGAUUCGCGAGGCAACAGGGAAGGAUCUGAUCAACCGCAAGCUACCUUCUGGCACGGCAGCGGUCAAAUGUCGAUUCGCGACCAUCACGGAAAAUACAAAUUGGACGGACGUCGCGAACGAUCACCCGUGGGUGAAAACCGAGAAAUUGGUGGUGAAGCCGGAUCAGUUGAUCAAACGACGUGGGAAACUCGGUCUGAUUAAAGUGAACGCGGAUCUGCCUACAGUUCAACAAUGGGUUGGAGAAAGAAUGAACAAGGAUCAACAAGUGGGGAAAGCUACCGGAAAGCUGAGAACAUUCAUCAUCGAACCCUUUGUUCCUCACAAGCAGGAAGAGGAAGCCUACGUUUGCAUUUAUUCGCAUCGCAAAGCUGAUACCAUUCUGUUCCACCACGAGGGUGGCGUCGAUAUCGGGGACGUCGACGCGAAAGCCUUGAAACUGGACGUGCUCGUUGGAGAAGAAGCUCCCGAUCAAGCCACGAUCACAGAGAAAUUAUUAGUGCACGUAGCGUCUAAUAGGAAAGAAGCGAUUGCCAAAUUCAUAGAAUCUCUGUACAAGCUCUACGUUAAUUUAUACUUCACUUACCUAGAGAUAAACCCAUUGGUGGUAACGGAUAAUGGAAUUUACAUACUCGAUCUCGCCGCGAAGUUGGACACAACCGCGGACUUCAUAUGUAGACCGGAUUGGGGAGAGAUUGAUUACCCGCCGCCGUUCGGAAGGGAUGCUUAUCCGGAGGAGGCUUAUAUCGCAGACCUGGAUGCUAAGUCUGGAGCCAGUUUGAAAUUGACUAUUCUAAAUCCAGCCGGUCGAAUAUGGACGAUGGUAGCAGGCGGUGGUGCAUCUGUAAUUUACUCGGACACCAUCUGCGAUCUGGGCGCCGCGAACGAGCUAGCCAACUACGGCGAGUACUCGGGCGCGCCGAGCGAACAGCAGACGUACGAGUACGCGAAAACUAUUUUGGGGCUGAUGACGAAGGAAAAGCGGAAAGAGGGAAAGGUGCUGAUCAUCGGUGGCGGUAUCGCCAACUUUACGAACGUUGCAGCUACGUUUAAAGGUAUCGUGAAGGCGUUACAGGAAUUCCAGCCGAAACUCGUCGAGCACAAUGUACAAAUAUUCGUGAGGAGAGCGGGACCGAAUUAUCAAGAAGGCUUGAGAAUCAUCCGCGAAGUCGGUAGGAGAUUGGGUAUUCCCGUUUACGUGUUCGGCCCGGAGACUCACAUGACGGCCAUAUGCGCGAUGGCGUUGGGCAAAAAACCAAUUCCGGACCCGGAAGCUCAGGAGUUCUCAACCGCUAACUUUCUUCUACCGUCGGGACAAGACGUAGGACCCUCUGCCCCGCAGAGAGCCACGACUUCAUCCGCAUUGGCUGCGAAAAGAUCGAAACUGAAAUCAAGCGAUCUGGUGGAUGGGUCGCCGCAAGAAAGCAAGGAAUUGUUCGGGAAUAAAACCAGAGCGAUCAUCUGGGGUAUGCAAACUAGAGCUGUUCAGAGCAUGCUGGACUUCGACUUCGUUUGUCGUAGAUCCGAACCCUCCGUAGCUGCUCUUGUGUAUCCUUUCACCGGUGAUCACAAACAGAAAUUCUAUUGGGGACACAAGGAGGUACUCAUUCCCGUGUACAAACAAAUGAGGGAUGCUAUGACCAAGCACACGGACGCGGACGUCAUGGUGACGUUCGCGUCGUUGAGAUCCGCGUACGACAGCGCGGUCGAAACGAUGCAGUUCCCGCAAAUCCGAACAAUCGCCAUCAUCGCCGAAGGUAUACCCGAGAACAUGACGAGGAAGUUAAUUUUAAUGGCGGAACAGAAGGGUGUAACGAUCAUCGGGCCGGCUACUGUCGGCGGUGUCAAGCCCGGCUGCUUUAAAAUCGGUAACACUGGCGGUAUGAUGGACAACAUUCUUCACAGUAAACUUUACAGACCCGGUAGCGUCGCAUAUGUCUCCCGGUCCGGAGGCAUGUCCAACGAAUUGAACAACAUUAUUUCGAAGGCCACCAACGGAGUGUUGGAAGGUGUGGCAAUUGGCGGAGAUCGUUAUCCCGGAACGACUUUCAUGGAUCACAUAAUGCGUUACCAAGCGAAUCCGGAUGUGAAACUGAUCGUGCUUCUCGGCGAGGUGGGCGGCGUGGAAGAGUACGAGGUUUGCCAGGCGUUAAAAUCGAAAAAGAUCAACAAACCGCUGGUCGCCUGGUGCAUCGGUACAUGCGCUAGCAUGUUCAAUUCCGAAGUUCAGUUCGGUCACGCCGGAUCCAUCGCUCACAGUAAUCUGGAGACAGCUUCGUCAAAGAACGCCGCGUUGAAGCAAGCUGGCGCCUAUGUUCCAGACAGCUUCGACAACUUAGGCGACCUGAUGCAAAUCGUUUACGAGAAGCUCGUCAAGGAAGGCAGUAUAGUACCCGAACCUGAAGUACCACCACCUACCGUUCCCAUGGACUACAAUUGGGCCAGGGAACUCGGUUUGAUACGAAAGCCUGCAUCCUUCAUGACGUCGAUAUGCGACGAACGCGGUCAAGAGUUGCUGUACGCGGGAAUGCCCGUAACCGAGGUUCUCAAACAGAACGUGGGAAUCGGCGGCGUGGUUUCCCUGUUAUGGUUCCAGCGAUGUCUGCCGCCCAUUUACUGUAAGUUCCUCGAAAUGUCCUUGAUGCUGACUGCCGAUCACGGACCUGCCGUCUCAGGAGCGCAUAAUACCAUCGUCUGCGCCAGAGCCGGCAAGGAUUUGGUCAGCUCUCUCGUUUCCGGUCUAUUGACUAUCGGUGAUCGUUUCGGUGGUGCUUUGGACGGAGCGGCUCGAAUGUUCUCCGAGGCAUACGACAGCGGAUUACACCCGCAAGAGUUCGUGAACAACACGCGGAAAAAGGGUAAACUGAUCAUGGGUAUCGGUCAUCGUAUCAAGUCCAUAAACAACCCAGACAUGCGAGUGAAACUGAUCAAGGAAUACGUGAUGGAGAACUUCCCCGCGAGACCGUUGGUGGAAUACGCAUUGGAAGUGGAGAAGAUAACGACGAGCAAGAAACCUAAUUUGAUCUUGAACGUGGACGGUAUAAUCGCUUGCGCGUUCGUCGACAUGCUGAGGAACAGCGGUACUUUCACGAGGGAGGAGGCACAGGAAUAUAUCGAAAUAGGUGCUAUAAAUAGUUUAUUCAUUCUCGGGAGGAGUAUAGGUUUCAUUGGUCAUUACAUGGAUCAAAGGAGGCUGAAGCAAGGUCUGUACCGGCAUCCUUGGGACGAUAUCUCAUACGUGUUGCCGGAGCAGUACAAUUAAGGUUCAUUCAUUUUCCAUUUAUCCAUCGUUUGUCGUGAACGCAUAAUAAAAAGUUCGAUACGACUUCAUUCGGUAAAAGUUUUAAGUAGUUCCGAUGUCAUGUCAUACGCGUGUUUUGAUCAUAAUCGUGACUAAUAGAAUCGAUUCGGCACAGUACUCGAGGAUGAUCGAUGGAUGAGGUAAAGCCGGGUGGGAGCUGUCGCGCGAUCAAAUUACGUUUGUUUAUUAUAAUCCUAUUGCCUUGUCGCUGCACCUUAGCUUGAUAAAACGAGCGGAGAAUGGUGCACCGAAGGCGUUAUGUAAAAAAUUCAUUUUCGUACAUUCCAUUUCAAGCAUUUUCUCAGUCUGGUAAGAAGAAUUUAGGUAUGAAUCGCGGUGUGCAUUCAUUUUCGUAGCAAUAAUUGAUUCAAGGUGAUAAGGCACAAAAUACGUUCUUUCCACGGUUUCUUGUGAAAAUAUCGCUUCGCGUAAUUAGAAAACCUCGUUACGCGUUGUAUAUCAUGUGUACGUGUGUACACAUAAAAGCGUGCAUCGUGCACAUGUUGUUCCACCCUUGUACAAUACGUGUGUACACGCGUUGCACAAGUUAGCUCCUCCUUUAUGCAUAUGUAGGAAUUAAUAAACGUAUGUAAUAUUUAUG